AUGCCAUAUGGUGACGUCCUGCUCCAUACUGGAGACUUCACUGAACUGGGCCUACCCUCUGAGGUCAAGAAAUUCAACGACUGGCUAGGUAAAGUCUCCUUUUUAAUGCACACACAAUGCUGUUUUGUGCUCUCAACACUCAUCAUUCUGUACAGUAACCUCCAUCUAGGCUAAUCACCGUUUUGUGCAUUCUAAUCAAAUUUAAAUAUGUGUAAAGGUUAUUCGCUUUAAGUUACUACACCAACAAUGUUUAGUCAAAUUUGGUCUUCACUUGUCUGCUUUGACAUUAUUUAAUAUUUACUACUGCAAAUAAAACAUUUAAGAUUAAGAACCUACGAAAAGGAAGAAGUAAUUUUCUUUGAAGGCCACACAUUAUUAAAACACUGCCAUCCUCCUUAUUUUCAAAUUUAAAUUAGCAUUAAGCCGAGAUAAAAUGGAGUUGAGCUUUCAAAUUGAGCUCUAUACAGAACUGUCUUACCGUGGUAAUAGAGGAAGUAACUGGGACAAAGGACCUCUAUCUCCAAGAAAGUUAAGGUCAAAUGAAAAUGUUUAAAAUGUCCCUUUGUUGACUUGAAUAGGUGUGCAUUGACUGGGUAACUAAGGUCUUCAUCUGCAGUUAUUGCUCUUUGGUAAGAGGGGAAAUGUUUACCGUGAUCUGAGGAGGUCAAGAAGCCUUCACCUUUUAAUUUGUGGCAUUUUACUUUCAUGGACCAUUCCCUUAACCUCUCGAUGACAACUUUCUAUUUCAGUUAAUAUAUACACUACAUGACCAAAUGUAUGUGGACACCUGCUCAUUGAAUAUCUAAUUCCAAAAUCAUGGGCAUUAAUAUGGAAUUGGUCCCCUAUAAUAGCCUCCACUCUUCUGGGAAGGCUUUCACCUAGAUGUUAGAACAUUGCUGCGGGGACUUUCUUCCAUUCAGCCACAAGAGCAUUAGUGAUGUUGGGCGAUUAGGCCUGGCUCACAGUCAGCGGUCCAAUUCAUCCCAAAGGUGUUCGAUGGGGUUGAGGUCAGGGGCUCUGUGCAGGCUAGUCAAGUUCUUCCACACCGAUCUCGACAACCCAUUUCUGUAUGGACUUCGCUUUGUGCAUGGGGGCAUUGUCAUGCUGAAACAGGAAAGGGCCUUCCCCAAACUGUUGCCACAAAGUUGAAAGCACAGAAUCAUCUAGAAUGUCAUUGUAUGCUGUAGCGUUAAGAAUUCCCUUCACUGGAUCUAAGGGGUCUAGCCCGAACCAUGAAAAACAGCCCCAUACCAUUAUUCCUCCUGCUCCAAACUUUACAGUUUGCACUAUGCAUUCGUGCAGGUAGCGUUCUCCUGGCAUCCGCCAAACCCAGAUUAGUCCGUCGGACUGCCAGAUGGUGAAGCGUGAUUAAUCACUCCAGAGAACACGUUUUCAUUGCUCCAGAGUCCAAUUGCGGCGAGCUUUACACCACUCCAGCCAACUCUUGGCAUUGCGCAUGGUGAUCUUAGGCUUGUGCUGACGUUGCUUCCAGAGGCAGUUUGGAACUCGGUAGUGAGUGUUGCAAGCAAGGACAGACGAUUUUUACGCACUUCAGCACUCGGCGGUCCCGUUCUGUGAGCUUGUGUGGCCUACCACUUCGCGGCUGAGCCAUUGUUGCUCCUAGAUGUUUCCACUUCAUAAUAACAGCACUUACAAUUGACCGGGGCAGCUCUAGCAGGGCAGAAAUUUGACAAACUGAGUUGUUGGAAAGGUGGCAUCCUAUGACGGUGCCACGUUGAACGUCACUGAGCUCUUCAGUAAGGCCAUUCUACAGCCAAUGUUUGUCUAUGGAGAUUGCAUGGCUGUGUGCUCGAUUCUAUACACCUGUCAGCAACGGGUGUGGCUGAAAUAGCCGAAUCCACUAAUUUGAAGGGGUGUCCACAUUCUUUUGUGUGUGUAUAUAUAUAGUGUAUAUUGAUUCAACAACUGGGAAAUUGUUAUCCCUAGAAACCCUGCUACUGGCCAAAGCCAUGUAGUGUUAAAGUCCUGUACAUAUCACUUGCCUUACAUUGAACAACAGCAACAGUAAUAGCUAUCCAUUCUAUCCAUAUUCAACAAUUCUUUCUGGCUCCGUCUUCCCUGCAGGGAGUCUACCGUAUGAAUUCAAGGUGGUGAUCGCCGGGAACCAUGAACUGACGUUUGACAAGGACUUCAUGGCUGAGCUGGUCAAGCAGGAUUACUAUCGCUUUCCCUCCGUCUCCAAGCUGAGACCUGAGGACUUUGAUGAUGUUCAGGCCCUCCUCUCAAACUGUACUUACCUGCAGGACUCUGAGGUCACAGUCAAGGGAUUCCGAAUAUACGGGGCACCGUGGUAA